CUGUCAGGACAGCCAACAGAAAGACUGAGCUUAGCGGCCUGGUUGCUGGUUGCUUUGGGAGGCAACGAACCUCCGCCACCCCAUCUAGAGUCCCUGUCUCCCAGUAGAUUAGCGAUCACCGCGUAGACGCUCAAAACAGGAGCUCUAACUCCAACUGUCCAAAAAGCUCAGCGCUUACCCCCUGCUCCCCGUGUCUAUGAGUGGAGAGAACAAGAGGGACUUAAACUGGCAAACAUUUGGGAUUUCUUGUGGUGGUUUAAUAUCGGACACCAUAUCUCUGUGAAUUAGUGUGUGGACAAGACACUACAUUCGAUCGAGCACAAGUCCAUGGGAUUACUUUGAUGUUGAUGGUGAUGAUGGCGAUGCUGAGGCUGAUCACGCGUGUAACAGCGGCUGUGUAGUAUGACCGACCUACUCAGCGCGGAUCCUUGACCAGAGAGACGAGGUAGAAAACAAGUGUGCACGUCGUUGGUGGUUAGCGGAAUCGCUUGGAAGUGAGUGUGCACAUUCCGGCAGGAUGAGCGUCCCCAUGCUGAAGAUCGGAGCGGUGCUCAGCACCAUGGCCAUGGUGACCAACUGGAUGUCCCAGACACUGCCGUCCCUGGUCGGUCUGAACGGGACCGCCGUGUCCCCCGACGGCACGCACGAGAGGAUCGUCAGCGGUCUGUACCCGGGGUCGGAGGAGGGCUGGCAGAUCUACAGCACAGCCUCAGACCCAGAUGGCAGGUGUCUGUGCACGGUGGUCGCACCCGCCCAGAACUUGUGCAAACGAGACCCGCGCAGCCGACAGCUACGCCAGCUCACAGAACAGGUCCAGAAUGUGAGUCAGUCCAUGGAGGUGGUGGACCUGCGGACCUCCAGAGACCUCCAGUAUGUCCGGGACUCUGAGCCCCUUCUCAGAGGCGUGGACGGACGUCUCCACACCUACGUGGCAAACUCCCGGGCGCUGACCACUAAAGGCCUGAAGGAGUUAAAGGGCCAGAUGUCUCAGCUGCGCCCCCUCCUGUCCGUGGUGGAGCAGUACCGGGCAGACCUGCAGACCCUGGCCACCCUGCGCUGGGAGCUCCUGAAUCUGUCCGUCAGCCUGUCCGGCAUCCAGGAGGAGAUCGGGGCCUACGACUAUGAGGAGCUACAGCACAGGGUUCUGAUGCUGGAGACCAGACUGCACGCCUGCAUGAACAAACUAGGCUGUGGUCGUCUGACCUGGGUGAGCAUCCCGAUCACCGUGAGGGCCUCUGGCUCUCGCUUUGGCUCCUGGAUGACCGACGCCAUGAUACCCAGCUCCGACAGCAGGGUGUGGUCUAUGGACGGCUACUAUAAAGGCAGGCGCGUGCUGGAGUACAGAACCAUGGGGGACUUCACCAAGGGCCAGAAUUUCGUGCAGCAUCUGCUGCCCCACCCGUGGGCCGGGACCGGACAUGUGGUCUACAAUGGUUCACUGUACUACAACAAGCAUCAGACCAACAUCCUGGUCCAGUAUCAUUUCCGCUCGCGCACCGUGUUGCUGCAGCGCAGUCUGAGCGGGGCGGGCUACAACAACACCUUCCCCUACAGCUGGGGGGGGUCCUCGGAUAUCGACCUGAUGGCGGACGAGACCGGCCUCUGGGCCAUCUACACCUCCAUACCCAGCGCUGGGAACAUACUGGUGAGCCGUCUGGACCCCCGCUCCCUGGAGGUCCUACAGAGUUGGGACACAGGCUUCCCCAAGCGCAGUGCGGGCGAGGCCUUCAUGAUCUGCGGCACCCUCUACGUCACCAACUCCCACCUGGCCGGCGCCAAGGUGCACUUCGCCUACCACACCAACACGUCCACGUACGAGUACACGGACAUCCCCUUCCACAACCAGUACUCCCACAUCUCCAUGAUGGACUACAACCCCCGGGAGAGAGCGCUGUUCACCUGGAACAACGGACACCAGGUCCUCUACAACGUCACGCUGUUCCACGUCAUCCGCAGCGACGGAUAG